CUCAACCCUUGCCAUGUCUUCGGUUAACAAUCUGGUAAAGCCCCUGAUCCUGCUCCUCGCUGCGGCCUUGGUUCCCGGCGAGAUGGAUGUGGCGGAGGAGUCCCGGAUAAUAGGGGGCCAGUUCGCUGCUCCUGGCCAGUUUCCGCAUCAGGUGUCCCUCCAGCUGAAUGGUCGCCACCACUGCGGCGGCUCCCUGAUCUCCGACACGGUGAUCGUGACAGCCGCCCACUGCACCAGGGGCCAGAGUCCAGGCCAGAUGAAGGCCAUUGUGGGAACCAACGAUCUGGCGGCUGGUAACGGGCAGACCUUCAACAUCGCCCAGUUCAUCAUCCAUCCGCAGUACAAUCCGCAGAGCCAGGACUUCGACAUGUCGCUGAUUAGGCUGAGCAGCCCGGUUCCCCUGGGCGGAGCAGUGAGGACCAUCGAAAUGGCGGACUCGGACUCCAAUUACGCGGCGGACACGAUGGCAAUGAUCAGUGGCUUCGGCGCCAUCAACCAGAACCUGCAGCUGCCCAACCGCCUUAAGUUCGCCCAGGUGCAACUGUGGAGUCGCGAUUACUGCAACUCCCAGAACAUUCCCGGCCUUACGGAUCGCAUGGUGUGUGCUGGACAUCCCAGUGGCCAGGUGAGCUCCUGCCAGGGUGACUCCGGCGGACCUCUGACCGUCGAUGGCAAGCUGUUCGGAGUGGUGUCCUGGGGAUUCGGUUGUGGGGCCAAGGGACGCCCGGCCAUGUACACCUAUGUGGGAGCCCUGAGGUCCUGGAUCAAGCAGAACGCCAAUGUGUAAAUGGAACCGUAAUUGUCAAAAGCCUCAAAUAAAAAACUAUUGCAACACGA